CCGGACGAAUGGUAACCCUAGCUAAAAGACAGCCUGAGCUUCAGUCUCUCUGAAUAGAGAGUCUCACAAACAUGGAUAAGAGCAGGAAGACAGUAAUUGAAUAUCUGGAUAAGGCAUUGGCUGAUAGUAAAAAGGGAGCUCCUGAAGACCUGCUAUUUUCCUAUAAGGGGAUUUUGUACCCUGCUGCUUUUUGCAACCCGAAAACUAUCCAAGUUCUUGAUUCUUUUGAAGCCAGGAGUGACGAUGUGAUCCUAGCGGCAUACCCUAAAAAUGGUACUAACUGGCUUGAUCAAGUCUUAAAUGACUUGGAAAUUACAGCUGCAAAAUACACAGAGGAGGAAAUUAAUGAGAGAAUUAAUAUUACAAAUGAAUUAUCUGUAUUUCCACGUCUAGAAUUUGGGGAUCCAGAGAAAUUUAAGAGGAUGAAGGAAUUACCUUUCAGAAGAAUCAUAAUAACACAUCUCCCUCCUCAAGUCCUGCCGAAAUCUAUUUUCAAAAGCAAGGCCAAGAUACUGCUGCUGGUUCGAAAUCUAAAAGACACCGCUGUAUCUUACUUCCAUUUUUACAACAAUACACCUACACGUCCCUCCUUCGGCUCAUGGGAUGAGUAUUUUACAGCUUUUAUGCAUGGAAAAUUGUGUUGGGGCUCCUAUUUUGAUUAUUUAGCUGAAUGGAACAAGCACAUGGAUGAUGAAAAUGUUAUGGCGAUAACCUAUGAAGAGCUGAAAGAGGUGAGGUUAAUGCUGUUUAAAGGAAUCUUUACUUCAUACUGA